AUGAGCAGUACCAAAGGCAAACCAAACAACAAUGGCAAAGAAGAGGAGGAGGAAGAAGACUACAUGAACAUGGUCUUUACAGACCCGACCCCCUCCGCGCCCGAGACGUCUCUGCAGCGCCGCCAGCGCGAGCGACGCGAGGCGGCCGAGCGGGCGCGCCACAAGUCCAAGGCGGAACUCGCUGCCGAGGAGGCCGACAAGCGCGAGGCGGCGCUGGCGCGGUCCCUCAUCCACGACGAUGCUGCCGUCGGCAGCAGCAGCAAAAGUGGCGGCGGCGGCAUCGGCACGGGGCCCAAAAACAAGAGCAAAGGCCUCGCCAUGAUGGCCAAGAUGGGCUUCCGGGCCGGGCAGGGCCUCGGCGCCGCAGACGGCCAGCAGGGCCGCACGGAGCCCGUCCGCAUCGUCGUCAGGGAGGACCGCGGCGGGAUCGGACUCGACGGCGAGAGGAAGAGGAAGAUGCGCGAGGCGUACGGCGACGACGACGGGGAUGGGAACAAGGCGAAGAAGGCGGCGGCGGUGGUGGUGGAUAAGGGUGAGUACAGGGGGCGGGUCGCGCGCGAGAGGGAGGAGAUGCGGCUGGAGAGGGUGCUGGGCGCGGCGCAAAAGGUCGCCGAGAAGAUGGCCGACGAGGAGCAGGACGAGGACGGAGAAGGUAAUGAGAAGAACAAGGUGCAAGGUGAGGCGUCGUCGAAAAGGCCCCGUCCGCUGAGGUCCGUCAACGUGCUCUGGCGCGGCCUGGUCAGGCAGCGCGAGGAGGCGGAGCGAGAGCGCAGGAUGCGCCACGAUCUGCAGCAGAGCCUGUCGCGGCUGCCGACGUACGAGGACGACGAAGAGGACGAGGAUGACAGGCGGGCGCUGGGCAAGGAUGUGAAAAGGGCGCCGCUGGUCGUGUUUGAGGAUCUCGACGAGGAGGAUCCCGAGCUGGAUGGGUUUAACGCCAAGGGUGUCGCGGAGCGGUUGCAGAGCGUCGUCGACCAUUUGAGGAGUGCGCACCGGUAUUGCUUCUGGUGUAAGUACAGAUACCCUGAUGAGAAGAUGGAGGGCUGUCCGGGGCGGACGGAGGAAGAUCACGAUUAA